CAAUGCAGACAAAGCUCCCACUUGCCGCCCUUUCUCCCAGCUUAAAAAAACAAACAAAAACAAUCACAAAUCUACGGAAGGUUGAAGGGAGACAACUCUAUUUAGUAAGACUUAUAAUACACGUGUAUUUCCGGUGUCAAAGAGCCGAGUCGCCGACGUAAACAAAUAAUAUUAUUUCAGAGAAAAUACUAUCUUUAUUAGUAAACCACGGUACAAUCUAUGUAGAAUAUUGUUUCUUGAAAAUCAAUUUUAUUACGACAAUUAGUUUAUUACAGUUGUCAAUGCAGAAAACAGUCGAUAUCGAAAACAAAACAUCAAAAAUAAGGACAGUCAUUUCUUUGGAAAAACAAAGUUUUUGUAGUUUCGGAUGUUUCAGCUGCUAGCCGUUCUGCUGAGCCUGUCUGUUCUGAAUAUAUGUUUUUCAUCAACAAUAAGUUCAACAAAGUUAUCACUCUUCAAUUGGAUUAGACCGCAAAUUUGUAUGGAUUUCAUUUUUAAGUUAUGAUAAUGAUUUAUAUCAACUUCAUCAAGCACUGAACCAACUUAUGUCAACGACAGAAUAAUGAGUGGUAGAAAAAGAAAUACAGUUACAAAAAGGAAUAUUGAGAACUUAACAGAUGACAAAACAAAAGCAAAGAAACAGAAACAUUCAACCUGUGUUGUGUCAUCAUCAGUGUUUUAUCUAGGUGCAGGCUUAAGUGUAGUUGUCUCCCUUGCACUGUUUAUCUAUCUAAUAUAUAGAGAUGAGAAUGAGUUUGAAACACUAGUACCAGCAACAAGUAAAGUUAAAAGAUCCUUCUAUCAACUUCCAUGUUCUAAUGAUUACCAGCUAGAAAAAUUUGAAGCAUGUAAACCUAAAACAUGUGGUCGUGUUGUUAUGGAUGAUCUGAUUGAUGAAGAUGAUGCUCUUCAUCUUUUGAGUGUUGCCAAGAAAGGUCUUGCACUUGGUGGGUCAAGUGGAGGGGCAUCUAUUUUAGAUCUUCAUUCUGGUGCCUUAUCCAAAGACAAUGCCUUUAUAAAUAUUUACAAUGUUAUAAAAUCAGAAGAUAUAGAUUUAUUAUCAAUACAAGAUUUUAAUAUAUACAGGAAAGUGAAGAAUCAGAUACAUAAAGCCAUAGCAAGAGAAUUUAACAUUCCACAAGAUAAACUAUAUUUAACAAAACCAACGUUUUUUUCGCGUAUGAAUAUGAAAGAACCAAGUACUAUUCAUGAUGAAUAUUGGCAUGCACAUGUUGAUAAGGAGACGUAUGGUUCGUUCCAUUACACAUCAUUAUUAUAUUUAUCUACAUACGAACAAGAUUUCACUGGUGGACGAUUUAUAUUUAUAGAUGAAAACAGUAAUAAAACCAUUGAACCCAGACUAGGUCGUGUAUCAUUUUUUACAUCAGGAUCAGAGAAUUUACAUCGUGUAGAAAGAUUAAAGGAUGGUGUUAGAUACGCUAUAACUGUUUCCUUCACAUGUGAUCCUAGACAAGCUAUUCAAGAUCCUUCUUAUAAAUAAAAUAUACGUUUUUACUUUAAACAA